GAGGUAUGACACCAGCACCCGGCACAGCAGAACUCUGUAAGCUAAGUGCCAAGGGAAGAAGGGAAACUUUAAAUUCAUUACCUCCUGUAAACUGGUAGUCAUUGGUUUCUUGUCACACCCUACUCCUGUAAAGCAGGAUAACAAGGAUUUAUCGACGUUUGCAAAUGUGGUAGAGAUUGCUGCAUACAACCAAGCGCACACGGCUGAGCUCUCCUGUCUGUGUCCCAAUUCUAGAAACACCCAGAAGAGCUCAGCAUUCUCCUGCUUUCAUUUACUUACAUGAACUGUUUUAAAGUGCAUGCUGUUAUAGGCUGGCACAAGCUUUAGUGCAUAAAGCCACAGCUUGAGAGGCCAGCACCAGCGCUGGGCCUAAAAACAGCCAGAGAGACCGGCACCGGCCCCAGGGCCUGAAGGCACAGCCUCAGCCGUGAGGCCAGCACAGGUGGAAAGACACAGCCACAGCCUGAGAGGCUGGAAGGGUCCUGCGGCCUAAAGCCACAGAGAGGCCGGCACCAGCUGUGGGGCCUGAAACCACAGACAGAGAGCCCAGGGCCUGAAGGCACAGCCAGGGAUGCUGACAGCGGCCCCGGGGCCCAAAGCCACAGGCAGAGGCCAGCACCGGCCCUGGGCACACAGAUGUGCACCAUUGCUUCUACUGGUUCCCCUGGGGCUCUGUUGACCACGACGAGGCCAUAUUGGUUUUCACUGGUUUUUAUUGGGCUGCACGCACAAGAGUCAUCCCCACUCCUCUGUUAUCUCACAUCACAGAGCCCCACUGGGUGACCUGGUGUUGGUUUCCUGCCAUUUGGAUCUGGGAGGCAUCCGUCUCCUUCCCUUAUGAUGAAGGCACAGAAGCCAUGCGGGCCGUCGCUGAGGUCACAGUGGUUCCCGGUCUGGGAGCGUUUGUGGCACAGCUGGGAGCAGAGCUGGGGCUGUGGCAAGCGUGCUGCAUGCAGACUGAGCUGUGAGCCCUUCUUGAGAGAGAUCAGCUGUGAGAGCCCACUGGAAGCAGCGCUGCGGCGUGUGCGUGAGCUGGGCACGGCUCAGGGGCUCCUGUCCAAACGGAGUUUCAGAGAUCGAGGCAGUGUCAGGAAGAGUGGAGCCAGGUCUUUCCAGGAGCGAGGGAAGUUCCUGCGGAGAGAGAAAGCUCUCUCUUCAGCUUCCUCUGAGACAGCAGUCAUGUCUCAGCGAGGAGACAUGGAGUGUGUGACAAGAAAGAAGCAGCGCGGCGCGGUUCCCCGCGUUUGGGAGCAGCAGCCAGCAGGCUGCCAGAGAUCCGGCAGCGCCUGGCAGCGCACAGAGGGACGCGAUGGGGACGGGCCGUCCUCACUGCCAUGCAAAAGGACGGAGCCUGCGCGUCCGUGGGAUGGUGCUGGGCCUGGGGGGAAACGGAAAGCCUCCGCAGAAGCCGAUGCCAGCGGCCUUCCUCUGAAGCGCAGCCAUGCGGAAAGGCAGAGGAGGAGCAGCGAGUGUGACAGGGCACCCAAGAGAGAGAUCGGUGCUGAGCCCAAUGGCGAUAUCUAUGUGAAAGUGGUGCAGCAGGUGCAUUCGGAGAGAGCUUGUCAACAGGCAGCAGCUCAAGCUCCUCUCCAGGCUGGAGGGCUUCCUCACAGAGCAGGUCCCAGCACAGGGGGAAGAGCUUCCCCUGCUGCGUGCCCCCACUCCGUCUCCAAGGCCCAGGCUGGAUGCAAACGCAAGGCCUUGGAGGAAGGGACACCAGCAGCAGUGCAGCUGCCUGCCAACAAGAGAGCGAGGGCCGAGAGUGCAGACGGCGUGCCGGCUCCAGCAGCACGGCCUGGGCCUGCUGCAGCGCGGAGCUCCAGGUGCAGAGGUGAGCAGGGCUGUGCUACCGCCGCGCUGAGCUGCUGCCCUCUGCAAGCACGCGGAGUCUGCUUGGGGUUUGCUUUGCUUUUUCCUUCUCUGAAGAGGGGAAAGGGGUUGAAGGCUGCCGAGUCCAAAGGCAGCGAGGUGCCGGAACAUGCAAGCCCGUCUCUUUACCUGCAUGGUGGUCUUCUGCACGUCCCACUGGAAAUGUCAUUCACUGGGGGGCUUCCUAGUCCAAUUUCCUUUGUCUUUUUUCUGCCAUUGGUUGCUGCAGUUUUGCUGCUGACAAAACAAAUUCAUCUUUUUUCUCGCCUUAUAGCAAGAAGACAGCGACGAAAGGAGAGGAGAGCAGAGCUGAAGAAGGCUUCUCUGAGAGCAGCUGCUGCACGUGCAGAGGUGAGUCCUGGAGAGCGCAGACACGGCUCUCGUUGCUCUCAGGGCCUCCGUCUGUCAGACAUGAAAGAUUUCCCGAGGGAAGCGCUGUCCUGUUUCUACACUCGCUCUGUUUCUUUCCAGUCCUCCGCAAUGAACAGCCUUGUGGAGAUGAUGCAGAGGCUGCAGCUGCACGACUGAGAGGAGGAGCGACAGAAGGCAGCGCUGCAGCACGCGGCGUUACAGGGCAGCGCUGCGAGUGCCGCCCAACUCGGCACUCCAACUUUGGGUGCAGUCAAUUAAAAACAGCUGCAAUUAGAGACUGACAAGGAGCACACGGCCCGCUUUGUCCA